AUGGCCACUACGGUGACCUGUACCCGCUUCACCGACGAGUACCAGCUCUACGAGGAUAUUGGCAAGGGGGCUUUCUCUGUGGUCCGGCGCUGUGUCAAGCUCUGCACUGGUCAUGAGUACGCAGCAAAGAUCAUCAACACCAAGAAGCUGUCAGCCAGAGAUCACCAGAAGCUGGAGAGAGAGGCUCGAAUCUGCCGCCUUCUGAAGCAUUCCAACAUUGUGCGUCUCCACGACAGCAUCUCUGAAGAGGGGUUCCACUACCUGGUCUUUGAUCUGGUGACAGGUGGGGAGCUCUUCGAGGACAUCGUGGCCAGAGAGUACUACAGCGAGGCGGAUGCCAGUCACUGCAUCCAGCAGAUCCUGGAGGCGGUUCUCCAUUGCCACCAAAUGGGGGUCGUCCACAGGGACCUCAAGCCUGAGAACCUGCUCCUGGCCAGCAAGUGCAAAGGGGCUGCAGUGAAGCUGGCGGACUUCGGCCUGGCCAUCGAGGUGCAGGGGGACCAGCAGGCGUGGUUUGGGUUCGCUGGCACGCCAGGCUACCUGUCCCCAGAGGUCCUGCGCAAGGAAGCAUAUGGCAAGCCGGUGGACAUCUGGGCGUGCGGGGUGAUCCUGUACAUACUGCUUGUGGGCUACCCGCCCUUCUGGGACGAGGACCAGCACAAGCUGUACCAGCAGAUCAAGGCGGGGGCCUACGAUUUUCCAUCCCCCGAGUGGGACACGGUCACUCCUGAAGCCAAAAACCUCAUCAACCAGAUGCUGACCAUCAACCCCGCCAAGCGCAUUACCGCACACGAGGCGCUGAAGCACCCGUGGGUCUGCCAACGCUCCACUGUGGCCUCUAUGAUGCACAGGCAGGAGACUGUGGAGUGCCUGAAGAAGUUCAAUGCCCGAAGAAAGCUCAAGGGUGCCAUCCUCACCACUAUGCUGGCCACGAGAAAUUUCUCAGUGGGCAGACAGACCACCGCUCCAGCCACAAUGUCCACCGCGGCCUCCGGCACCACCAUGGGGCUGGUGGAACAAGCCAAGAGCUUACUCAACAAGAAAGCAGAUGCGGUGAAGCCCCAGACGAACAGCACCAAAAACAGUGCAGCUGUGACCAGCCCUAAGGGGACACUCCCUCCAGCCGCCCUGGAGCCUCAAACCACCGUCAUUCAUAACCCUGUGGACGGGAUCAAGGAGUCGUCGGACAGCACCCACACCACCAUAGAGGACGAAGACACAAAAGCCCUCAGGGUCCCUGACAUCCUGAGCUCCACGAGGAGGGGCUCGGGGGCCCUGGAAGCUGAAGGCCCCCUGCCCACUCUGUCCCCCAGGCUCUCUGACAUCCUGAACACAGUGAAGAGGGGCUCAGGGGCUCUGGAAGUCCAGGGCCCCCCAUCCUGCCCAUCUUCGGCUCUCCCAGGCCCCCCGCCCACCCCGUCGCGGAAGCAGGAGGUGAUCAAAAUCACGGAGCAGCUCAUCGAGGCGGUCAACAGCGGGGACUUCGAAGCCUACGCGAAAAUCUGUGACCCAGGCCUGACCUCGUUCGAGCCUGAAGCCCUGGGCAAUCUGGUGGAAGGGAUGGAUUUCCACAGAUUCUACUUCGAGAACCUGCUCGCCAAGAACAGCAAGCCCAUCCACACGACCAUACUGAACCCGCACGUGCACGUCAUCGGGGAGGACGCUGCAUGCAUCGCCUACAUCCGCCUCACGCAGUACAUCGACGGGCAGGGCCGGCCCCGCACCAGCCAGUCCGAGGAGACACGCGUGUGGCAUCGCCGUGACGGCAAGUGGCAGAACGUGCACUUCCACUGCUCGGGCGCGCCCGUGGCCCCGCUGCAGUGAAGAGCCGCGGCCAGCGUCGCGGGACAGACUCGGUGUUUGGAGCCCGGCCGCCAAGGUGGCCUGCCUGUCGCAUGUUUGUGUCUGCCUCGUUCCUCCCCUGGUGCCUGUGUCUGCAGAAAACCAAGACCGGAUGUGAUUUCUUUUUAACAAGACAACAACCACAGAAACAAUUGAUGUUGGAUGAAACGGGAAAAAAAAAAGGAAAAAGCUGUAAAAAUCACUGGCAUUUGUGGGGCUUCGGACCGACGGGCACCCCCCCACCCACGCUCCAUGUGUCUGUCCGCUCCUGGCCCCUGGGGACCAUGGGGCAGUGAACGUGUCCACAGGGGCCGGGCCGAGGAACGGUGUGUGUUAGGUGACGCCCCUCCCCAGGUGUCUGCAUUCCCUGCCGUGCAUGGCUGCUGUCAGGAGUGUCGGCCACCUGGGGCCCAGGGAACCUGAGCACGGCUGUCCCCCUCCUUUCCUCUCAUGCCCCCAGCAUGGAUGAGCAGUGCAGAGGCCGGGCCGGCCCCCGGGCGCCCGACAAGCCAUCCAAGAAGCCCCCUCAGGCCCAAGGCUCCAGUUCUGGUUCCUCCAGGGCCGAGGAGGUUUGGUGGGCGGGGGAGGCACCCCUUAAUGUCAGACCUCACGCCUGGCAGACUUGUGGAGAGGACACUGUUGGCUGCAGCCCUGUCGGGAGGAGAGCCCCUGGGCUGGCCUCCCUCCCAUUGAGGGUCACCUCUUCCUCUGCCGACCUUCCCCCUGCUGGCACGUCCACGAGGGGCUCUGGACUUGGUCAAGAGGCAGGAAGGGGAGAGGGGUCAGAAGGCAGGUGCAUGGCUCUCUGGGCUCCCAGGUCGAGACUGGUCCAGGCAGAUGUUUCCAGGCAGUGUUUUUGGAGUCUGGGUCUGGAGCCGAGGGAGGGAGAGAGGGAGGGAGGGCCGUCCUGGGCCUAAGGGGCAGGGCACAGUGAACCCCUGGCCAGGCCUGAGGGAGGAUGCCGUGUGUGUGAUGGGGACCCAGGGAUGAGGAGAGCACGGGCUGGGCCUAUCUUGAGGUGCCCUUCGUGCUGGUGGGCACUGAGGUGCAGCUCGGGCUCGGGCCGCGUGGUAAGGUGGCAGUACCGGGGUCCCGGGGCAGCCGGCCGGGUCAGGGGCUGUGAUGGAAGAGACGCAGGACCUGGCGCCCCAACACCUACCCCCUUAAUUCACAUUUUCAGCAAGGGUUUUCUUUAUCUUCCCCCACAAAUCAAGCCAAGGGAGGGGCACAGAGUGGGGAGCGACACUCAGAAUGGACACUCACCUGCCCGUCCACGGCUGUGCUCAGGACAGCUGUCCCCACCCAUGGACACAGGGUAAACAUCCGCUGGGCUCCCUGGGCCUCAGGCAGCGGCAGUGCUCGCCGUGGACAGCGUGGGGCCCGGCCAUCCUCCCCUCUGGGGGCCUCCUCCCUUCUCCCUUCACCUGUCAUCUCCACGGAGCUGCCUGUCUGGGAUAAUUUGGGGAUUUUUUCUGGGGGAUAGUUCUUUUGCAUGACCCCUUUCGAGCAAGCCACACCUGCUCCUCUAGCUAGGCGUCCGAGGUGUGGUGGCGUCGGCCGGCCCGCUCUGUGGAGGGCCGGCUGCCCGCAGUGCCGGCCGGCCCUUCCUCUUCUCUCUUUUGCUGAGUUUCAUUGUCUUUUCUUUCUGAGCCUUGUAAGUGUAAAAAAAUCAUUAUUUUGUUCUGUCUCGGGAAACUGCAAAUAAAAGA